UUAUUAAGUUAAUGUGGGUACUCGAAAAUGAUUAAUGUCAUUGUCUACAAUGAUUUUGAUGUGGUUUGACGUCAGCACGUGAUGGUACGUCAUGACGUCACCGUAGGCCGUCAUGAUGAGUGAGUCGCUCUCGAGCUGACGUCUGUUCAAAACUUGCUGUUAUUAGCAUUUUGAGCUUCGACUUAAUAUAUAUGGGAGUGGAAGCUUUCCUUGUGUAAAGGAGUCACAACUCAGGAAUUUGAAUUGAAUUCCGAAAUAAAUGUGAAUGCUAGGACAUGGAGACGGCUAGCGACAAUACCACAGAAAGAACUGACGAUGAGGAAGUCAUCAAUUCAGUAACCACAGAGGAAAAGGAAGACAUUAACGAGAAGAGCGAAGAAAUUCCCGAGGACUCUAAUGACGACACCAAAAAUGACCCCCAUGACGACGAUGACACUAAAAAUGACACCAAUGAUGAAAAUGAAGACAACGCAGACAACAAAGAAGACACCAAUGAAGACAACGAUGUUGAGGAAUACCAAGAGCCCAUCGAGAUCGUUCGUCCAGUAAAAAAGUUCAUCAGUUGUGCGAACACUUUGGGUAUCCCCAAAGAGUUGUGGCUGGAGGACCAUGAGAAUGCGCUGGACCUCUUCAUUGAUGACACAUCUAUUCCCAUUUUGGUGGUCUACUUGGACACAGACAUGACACUCAAAGUGGAAUAUUCCAUUCCACCACAGGUGGUGGAGGAGCUGGUCUAUUUUAUGCGUGAGCCAGGAGCCAUGAUCACCGCUGAGAACUUCUACUUAGAGGUGGAAUAUGGGAGUGUGCAGGGUGACCCCACUGAGAGCCUGCUUAAUUUCCUGACCAGCUUACAUACAGAUGACAAUGACAUUAGCAGUGACUGGGAGAAGGGCAUCAAGGAUAAUUACAUCAAUGGCAUGCACAAUUACAUGGUCCACCUCACAGAUGACGUUAGUAAGAAGGAGGGUAAGACAGUGUUGUACAUCCCAAUGGAAGGCCUGGCUGACAGUGCUGAAGAGGGCAGCAGGGACGGUCAUCUGGUGCAGAGGAUGGAAUCCGUCUUGAUACACUGGACGGACCAGAUCAAGGAGUUGCUGAACGUCCAAGAAACCAGCAUGGGUGACAACAGUGGUCCACUGCAGGAGAUAGCAUACUGGGAGCGCCACUCUGCCAAGCUCAUGGACAUGAGUCAGCAGCUGCAGAAGGCCGGAGUCAAACAUAUCCAGCGAAUGCUUGAGCUGGCCAACUCACUCUAUGUCAAGCGCUUCUGCAAACUCGCCAAGGAAAUGCAGGAUUUAUCUCUGGAGGCACAAUCCAACCUGAGAUACCUGUCCUUGUUGGUGGAACCCUGUAAAGAACUGGCUCAUGUUAAAAUAAAUGAACUCACCCCUAAGCUACAGCACAUUGUCAGCCUCAUUCGCAUCAUCUGGAUCAACUCCACCCACUAUAACACCAACGAGCGGAUCACAGGCCUCUUCCUCAAGACAAGUUAUGAGAUUAUCCACCUGUGCAUCAAGAGCGUCUCUCUGGACAGGAUCUUUGAGGGCUACGUGACCUCCAGCAAGCAAGAGCUCAACGACAGCAUCACAUGCUGCCAGAACUGGAAGAAUAUCUAUGCACGUGCCGUUGAGGUGCACCACGAGCAAUCUAAAAAAGGCUGGCAACUGGACCAAACAAAUAUUUUUGUCCCGGUUGAUGCCUGCAUUCAAAGGUUCAAAGACCUGCUUGAGGUAUGCGACACACAGCAGCAGUUUGCCCGCUGGGAAGAUGGCAACCAGAGAGCGCUGCCGUGCUUCAGCGGCUAUCAGGGCCCCGAGCUCACUCUUUCCCUUGUGAAGAUCGAGGCCAAGUUCCAGCACGGCCUUCAGAUCCUGCGCUCCGUUGAUAAAGGCAUCCUCGAGGUGGAGAACACCGGAUGGCAUAUUGAGUUCAACAGGUUUCGUGCAUUUUUAAAAGAUCUUGAUAUAAUGCUGCAGAACCUCAUCACGUCUGUGUUUAAGACUGUCAACACAGUGGAGGAAGGACUUCGGCUGGUGGACAUUUUUAAGCCCAUUUCCGCCAGAAAGUCUAUUAAGAGCAAAAUAGACGAGAUGGUGGAGGGAAUACACAGCAUCUUCAAGAAGGAAAACAAUAUGCUCGCCAAACAGAUUGAUCCGGAGACAGUGUCCAUCCCUAAAUAUAUACCAUCGUUGGCAGGCCAGGCCCAUCGAGCGAGGGCGCUCAAAUUCCACUUAGAAAGCCUCAUGGAAGUGCUGAAUAAGAUCCAGAUCCUGCCCGAGUCACACAGCUGCAAGCAUGUUAUGGUUAACUACAACCAAACCAUUCGCACUCUGAAUGACAUAGUGACACAGAAGUUUGCCGAGUGGCGCCAAGGCUUGGAGCUGCAGUAUGUGAAGAAGCUGGAGCGGCCCCUCUUAGUGCACGGCAAGGACAACAGGAUCGAGGUCAACUUUGAUAACAAUCUGUUGAACCUGUUUGCCGAGAUCAAGUCCUGGAGUCAGCAAAAUUUUGAAAUCCCACAAUUUGUGUCUGAGAUUUACCAGGAUCGGGAAGAUCUCCGAUGCCUCAGAGAGAGGGCACUGCACUUAGCCCGGGACUAUAACAGGAUCAUUGGAAUGCUUUCUCCAAUUGAGUUGGGUCUGUUUUCCAAGAAAAUCCAUAUGCUCGACAAGAAGAUUCAGCCGGGCUUUACCAAACUCUUUUGGAUGUUUAAAAUAUCUUCAAACACCUUCGUCAAGGACUGCAUUGUGCAAAUUUCCAAGGUCCAGGUGAUAGUUGACGGCUUCAAAGCAUCCAAUCUGGCAAUUGCGAAAUUCUGUUGCCAGAUCAGUGAGACACUGCUAGUGAGGCUCGAUGGGAAGACUUUGUACAGGAACUGGGAAUUUGAGAACGACCAGCAGACACACAGACAGCGCCAGCAAGAGGAACUACGCUCUGCUCUUCAACGCAUUGUUGACAUCAUGACUUACAUCCACAACACCUUUUCUAAAGAUGGACCUGAGGUGCAGGAACACUGGGUCACAUACACUGAGAAGGUUGACCACAUGCUGGAGGAGGCCCUACGCAGCAACGUGAAACGCUCCAUGCAGAAGUUAGCACAAGCCAUCAACGGAGACCGCAAAUCAUCUCCCACCCCUUUGUUCAGAGUGCUGGUGUCACUGCGCCAAGCAGAACCCAAGGCUGAUCUCAGGGUUGAGUUUUCCCCAUCUCUGCGAGAGCUCGCACAAAUCUUGGACGUUCUGCCUCAGCUCAUCAACACUAUCUCAAAAUUUAAGCGCCUGCCCGAGAUCCUCUCCUGUGAACACUCCUCGCAGAAUCCCAUACACGUCAACAUUGCGAAUGAUGAUGAGAUAAAAGGCAUACAGUCUGCAAUCGGUGCUGGGAUGUCAGCCACCGCCAAACGCCUGAAGGAAUAUUUGACCACCUGGGACAAGUACAGGGACAUCUGGGAGACCAACAAGGACUCUUACAUACAACGUUACCAAAAACUCAAUCAACCAGUUGCUUCUUUUGAUGCAGAUAUACACAGGUAUACAGAAAUAGAAACAAGCAUCCAGCAGGAAGAGACAGUCACAAACUUCCAGUUCAUCGUGCUGGACUGUUCGCCACUCAAAACCUCGCUGGUGCAACAUUGUAGUCAGUGGCAGUCCAAGUUCAUGCAGCUCCUUGUGCGCAUCGCAGGCACCCACCUUAAGGAGCUUCAUGCCUCCAUGAAUGACAACGCCAAGAGAUUGAGUCAACCCAACAAGACACUGGUGGAGCUGAGUGAAAGUCUGGAGCUCCUUGAGUCUCUCCAAGGCAAUUUAGUCAAGACUGAGGCUAAAAUUGUUAUGAUUUAUGAACAAUUUGCUGUGCUGGAUAAAUAUGGUUUCCCUGUGGAGGCGACUCUUCAGGAUUUGCGAGGAACACUAAACACCAAAUGGGAGUGGUUCCAGCAGGUUCUAAUCGACAGCGACGUCAUGCUGCAAGGGCAAAAGCAGAAUUUCAAGAGCAGCUACAUGACCUCUUCUGAGGAGCUCACCGAGAAGAUCCAGACCUCUAUGCAAGAGUUCACCACCUCAGGUCCAUUUGAUCCUGCGAUCAACACUACGUUGGCCCUGAGGCUAACAUCAGAGCACCAUUCUCAUCUCGAGGCUCUGAAGGAAGAAGAAAAUACCAUCCUGCAAGGCCUGAGCUUCUUCAAGAUUGAGCAGGAACCUUCCAAAACUAUCCAAGCCUUAGAGAAGGACAUUGACUACCUGCAGGAAGUGUGGGAGAUCACACAGGAGUGGAAUUCACACUGGGACAGCUGGAAGGAGGGACAGUUUACAUCGCUGCGGACAGAGAAUAUGGAGAGCAAAGCCCAGGAAAUCUACAAAAGCCUCCACAAACUGCAGAGGUUACUCAAGGAUAAGCAGUGGGACAUUGUUGAUUUCUCCAAGAAGAAGGUUGACCAGUUCAGGAGAAUAAUCCCUCUUAUUGCUGAUAUGAGGAACCCAGCCAUGAGAGACAGGCAUUGGACGCAAAUCUGUGCUCAUGUACAGAGCUCUUUUGACCACACCAGUGAAGACUUCACCCUGGAGAAGAUCAUUUCUCUGGGUUUUGACAAGUAUGCAGACUCCAUCAGUGAGAUCUCUGGGGCCGCCAGCAAGGAACUCUCCAUAGAACAGGGUUUGGAGGAAAUUAACAAGACAUGGACGGAAAUGACUUUGGAUAUUACACCUUACAAAGACAAAGGCCAUUUUCGUCUGAAAGGCACAGAGGACGUUUUCCAAGCCCUUGAGGACAACCAGGUGACCUUGUCCACCAUGAAGGCGUCUCGGUUUGUCAAAGCUUUUGACAAAGUUGUGGACAACUGGGAACGUCAGCUGUCGCAGGUGAUGGAAAUCAUUGAGAUGGUCCUCACGGUGCAGCGGCAGUGGAUAUAUCUUGAGAAUAUUUUCCAAGGAAAAGACAUCAGGGAGCAACUGCCACAAGAGUGUAAAGAGUUUGAAGAAGUUAGUUCAAAUUGGAAAACCAUAAUGACUCGACUUCACGAGAACACCAACGCCCUGCAGGGAACGCACCAUCCAGGCUUGCAGGAGACAUUAUCCAAAAUGAAUACCAAGCUGGAGGAGAUCCAGAAGGCCUUGGACAUGUAUCUCGAGUCAAAGAGACAAGUAUUCCCCAGAUUCUAUUUCCUGUCUAACGACGACGUCCUGGAGAUUCUUGGCCAGUCGCAGAACCCGGAGGCAAUGCAGCCACAUCUAAAGAAGUGUUUCGACAACAUCAAGAGCCUGCGCACUGAAAAGGUGGGCAGAAGGUUGGACGCCACUGCUAUGUUCUCCUCUGACGGGGAGAUGAUUGAAUUCAUCAAGGCAGUGCCGCUGGAUAAGCCUGUAGAGAUUUGGCUGUGUGAUAUUGAGAAGGCUAUGCGCAGCACGCUGAAGAAUUCCCUCCACGACUGCCUGGUGGCACUCAAGAAGAUGAAAAGCCAGAGGGACAAGUGGUCCAAAGACUGGCCAGGACAGAUGCUGAUCACAGCCAGUCAGAUCCAGUGGACAACCGAUGUCACCCAGUCAUUGAUUACCUGCCAGGAAUUAGAUGACAAAUCUGGUCUUAAAACCAUGAUGAAAAAACAGGUGUCUUUGCUUAGACGAUAUUCCGAGAUGAUCCGGAGCAACCUGUCCAAAGUCCUGCGUCUGAAAAUCGUAGCUCUGGUCACAGUGGAAGUCCAUGCUCGCGAUGUCAUCGCCAAACUGGCCAAAGCUGGUUGCAAUGACGUGAACGCUUUUGAGUGGCUGUGCCAGCUCAGGCUCUACUGGGAGAAGGAAAUAAACAACUGCAUCAUCCGACAGACCAACACACACUUCAAGUAUGGCUACGAGUACUUAGGGAACUCUGGAAGGCUUGUCAUCACUCCACUUACAGACAGGUGUUAUAUGACCUUGACCACGGCGCUCCAUUUGCAUCGUGGUGGCUCUCCCAAAGGGCCCGCCGGCACCGGGAAGACAGAGACCACAAAAGACUUGGGUAAAUCUUUAGGGAUGUAUGUCAUCGUCAUCAACUGCUCCGAAGGACUCGACUACAAGUCAAUGGGCCGCAUGUUCUCUGGCCUGGCACAGACAGGAGCGUGGGGCUGUUUCGAUGAGUUCAACCGAAUCAACAUUGAGGUGUUGUCCGUGGUGGCCCAGCAGAUACUCUCCAUCCUGUCUGCCCUCUCGGCGCUCCAAACCAGGUUCCAGUUUGAGGAACACAACAUCAAUCUGGUUGCAUCGUGUGGUGUCUUUAUCACAAUGAAUCCUGGUUACGCUGGUCGUUCUGAGCUUCCAGACAACCUCAAGUCCAUGUUCCGACCUAUCUCCAUGGUGGUGCCAGAUUCUACACUAAUUGCUGAGAUUAUACUAUUCGGAGAGGGCUUUAACGAUUGCAAGCUCCUGGCUAAGAAAGUGUUUACCCUGUAUUCUCUGGCCAUGCAGCAGCUGUCAAAGCAGGACCACUAUGACUUUGGACUUCGUGCCCUCACCUCCUUGCUCCGCUACGCAGGCAAGAAGCGGCGGCUGUGCCCUAAUGUUCCAGGAGAAGAAGUCCUACUCAUGGCUAUGAAAGAUAUGAAUAUUGCUAAACUAACCUCAGCCGACCUGCCGCUGUUUAAUGGAAUCAUCCAGGACUUGUUCCCCGAUGUGGAAACACCCGUAAUAGACUACGGCAAAUUGAAGGAAGCCAUCCAGAUAGAACUUCGUCAGAGAGGCCUGCAAGUGACGCCUUUUACAAUGACCAAAGUCAUCGAACUCUAUGAGACUAAAAACUCCAGACACUCAUCCAUGUUAGUGGGAAAGACGGGCUGCGGCAAGACGGUCACGUGGAAGACACUAAAAAGUGCCCUCAUUGCCAUGCACAACAAGGAAGUGGCAGGCUUUGAGCUUGUACAGGAUUAUCCACUGAACCCCAAAGCCAUGAGUCUUGGAGAACUUUAUGGUGAAAAUGACUUGUCCACCAAUGAGUGGACUGAUGGAGUCCUUUCCAGUAUCAUGAGGACAGCCUGUGCAGAUGACAAACCAGAUGAGAAAUGGAUCGUGUUUGACGGGCCAGUGGACACGCUGUGGAUUGAGAGCAUGAACUCUGUCAUGGAUGACAACAAGGUGCUCACGCUCAUCAACGGAGAGAGAAUUUCCAUGCCUGAGCAGGUGUCCCUGCUGUUUGAAGUGGAGAAUCUGGCACAGGCCUCUCCUGCGACAGUGUCCCGCUGUGGGAUGGUCUACAAUGAUUACGUCGACCUGGGAUGGAAGCCGUUUGUCCAGUCUUGGCUUGAGAAACGUCACGCGGCUGAGGUGGAACAUCUACAGCCUUUGUUUGACAGUUUCAUUGAGAGAACAUUGAAUUUCAAGAAGAGUAACUGUAAGGAAUUGAUCCCCGUCACGGAACUCAAUAGCAUCAUCUCACUCUGCUGCCUCUACGAGGCCCUGACGACAAACAAGGUUAACAUGUCAGAUAAAGAGAACCUUUGUCGGAUCGUCCAGCUCUGGUUCACCUUUAGUCUCAUCUGGUCCAUUUGUGCCUCAGUUGAUGAGGAUGGACGUAAGAAGAUGGAUAACUUCCUGCGGGAGUUGGACGGCACCUUUCCCAUCAAGGACACAGUGUAUGAGUACUAUGUAAAUGUCAAGAACAAAGCCUGGUCUUCAUUUGAAGAUAAACUCCCGAAGGGCUGGCGCUACAACCCCAACUCCCCAUUUUAUAAGAUCAUGGUUCCGACAGUGGACACAGUUCGCUACAACUACUUGGUCACAGCAAUGGUGAAGGCACAGUAUCCGGUGCUGCUCACCGGACCAGUCGGAACAGGCAAGACCUCAGUGGUCCAUGGUGUCUUGCAUACUCUGGACACUGGCAAGUGGUCCACACUUACUAUCAACAUGUCGUCACAGACCACCUCCAACAACAUCCAGGCCAUUGUGGAAAGCCGCUUGGAGAAGAGGACCAAGGGUGUGUAUGUGCCAGUCGGAGGCAAGGACCUGCUCUGUUUCCUGGAUGACCUCAAUAUGCCGGCGAACGACCUCUUUGGCUCACAGCCGCCAUUAGAGCUGCUGCGCCUCUGGAUCGACUAUGGCUUCUGGUUUGAUCGUCAGAAACAGACGACGACUUAUGUCAAGAAAAUGUCACUGCUGGCCUCCAUGGGACCCCCCGGCGGAGGAAGGACUCACAUUUCCGGCCGCCUGCAGAGUCGUUUCAACCUCAUCAACAUGACAUUCCCACAUGACUCCCAAAUCCGCCGCAUCUUCAGUACCAUGAUUAACCAGAAGCUGCAAGGUUUUAAGGAGGACCUCAAGCCAUUUGGAGGGUUUCUUACCCAGGCAACUUUAGAGUUGUAUUAUGCAGUUACAGCUCGUUUCCUUCCCACUCCAGCCAAGACACACUACCUCUUCAACCUCAGGGAUAUCUCUAAGGUGUUCCAAGGUCUUCUGAGAGCACAUCCAGAGUUCCACGAUAGUAAACACAAUAUGGUUAGAUUGUGGAUCCAUGAGUGCUUCAGGGUUUUCUCUGACCGGCUUAUUGACCAGACUGACAUAGAAGCCUUUGUCACAUUGCUUGCUGAGAAAAUGGGCUCCCUCUUUGACCUUGUUUUCCACAACAUCUGCCCCGAUAAACAACCUCCAGUAUUUGGUGAUUUCCUCAGUGAGUCUGCGGUGUAUGAAGACCUUUUGGACAUGAAGAAUCUCAAGAAGUUCAUGGAGACUCAACUGGAGGAGUACAACCUGACGCCAGGCAUAGUGCCCAUGCACUUAGUGCUCUUUCGGGAUGCAAUUGAACACAUAACCCGAGUGGUUCGUGUGAUCAGUCAGCCAAGAGGCAACAUGCUGCUUGUCGGUGUCGGGGGUUCGGGUCGACAGAGCUUGUCCAAGAUGGCUGCCUCAAUCUGCGAGUAUGAGGUGUUUGAGGUGGAAAUCACCAAACAGUACCGCAAGCUUGAAUUCAGAGAAGAUGUCAAGAAGCUGUACCGUUUGACUGGUGUGGACAGCAAGCCCACUGUCUUCCUCUUCAACGACACCCAGAUUGUGGAUGAAUCCUUCCUAGAGGACAUCAACAACAUCCUGAGCUCCGGAGAGGUCCCUAACCUCUACAAGCAGGACGAGUUUGUGGAGAUCUGCAACGCCCUGUCUGAUUCCGCCAGGAAGGAGAACGUGGUGGAGACACCCGACUCCUUAUUCUGCUUUCUAAUAGAACGCGUCAGGAGCAAUCUGCACGUUGUUCUCUGCAUGAGUCCAGUGGGAGACCCCUUCAGGAACCGUAUCCUACAGUACCCAGCACUUGUCAACUGUACUACCAUAGAUUGGUUCUGUGAGUGGCCCAAAGAUGCCCUACUCGAGGUCGCUGAGCGGUACUUGGAAGGGCUGGACCUUGGAUCUGCUGAGGGGAGUGCAACAAAAGUGGCCUCCAUCUUUGUGACCACACACCAGUCAGUGGUGGAGAUGUCACACAGGAUGAAAGUGGAACUGAGGAGACAUAAUUAUGUGACACCCACCAACUAUCUGGAACUGGUGACUGGAUAUAAGAAACUUCUGGGUGAGAAGCGCACUGAGCUGGGGGAGCAGGUGACCAAGCUACAAAAUGGGCUUUUUAAGAUCAGCGACACAGGUGAGAAGGUGGCGGCCAUGACAGUGCAGCUGGAGGAGGCUAAUAAGCAGGUGGCUGACUACCAGAAGGAGUGUGAUGAGUACUUGACAGUCAUCGUGCAACAAACCAGGGAGGCGGACACUCAGCAGAAGACGGUAAGCGCCAAGAAAGAAAAAAUUGCAGCGGAAGAGAUGCAAUGCAAAGCACUGGCAGAGAAUGCACUGAGAGAGCUGGAUGAAGCCCUGCCAGCUCUGGAUGAAGCCACCAAGGCUCUUGAGUCUCUGAAUAAGAAGGACAUGACAGAGAUCAAGUCCUAUGGUCGUCCUCCUGCUCUGGUGGAGAAGGUGAUGCAGGCAGUCAUGACUCUUUUGAACAAAGAGCCCACCUGGGCAGAAGCUAAGAGACAGCUGGGUGAGGCCAACUUCAUCAAAACCCUGAUCAAUUUCGACAAGGACAACAUCUCAGACCGUGUGUUGAAGAGGAUCGGUAACUACUGCAGACAACCCGACUUCCAGCCAGAAACCAUUGGCAAAGUGUCUCUGGCUGCAAAGUCCCUCUGCAUGUGGGUCAGGGCUAUGGAGGUGUAUGGGUGUGUCUUCAGAGUGGUGGAGCCAAAGCGGGAUCUGCUGAACGCUGCCACGGCCCAACUUGCAGAGAAGCAGGCAGAACUACAAGAGUCUGAGAACAAGCUAAAAGAGGUGGGGGACAAAUUGGCAAUGUUGAACAAACAAUACGCCGAAAAAGUGGCUACCAAGGAAGAGUUGAAGAGGAGGUCGGAUGAUAUGGAGGUGAAACUGGACCGAGCUGACAAACUUGUGAAAGGACUGGCUGGGGAAGGGGUCCGCUGGCAGCAGACCGUCAAGGGUCUUGAAGAGAACAUGGGUUACCUGGUUGGAGACUGUUUGCUUGCCGCAUCUUUUCUGUCCUAUAUGGGCCCCUUCCUGUCCAACUAUAGAGUGGAGCUGCUGGAAAUCUGGAUGAGAGAAGUCCAGCACCAGGAAAUCCCGUGUACACCAGGAUUCAGUUUUUCCACUUUUCUCUCAAACCCGACAGUAGUGAGGGACUGGAAUAUUCAAGGCCUGCCCUCUGAUGCUUUCUCCACAGAGAAUGGAGUUAUUGUCACCCGUGGCAACCGAUGGCCACUAAUGGUGGACCCCCAAGGCCAAGCUCAGAAGUGGAUCAAGAAAAUGGAGCUGAAACGAGGUCUGAAACUCAUCGACUUCCAGAUGCCAGAUUACUUGCUUAUAGUAGAGAACGCCGUCCAGUUUGGAAAUCCUGUCUUGCUGCAGAACGUCCAGGAAGACUUGGACCCGUCCCUCAACCCAGUUCUCAACAAGUCCCUGACACGAAUUGGUGGUAGGCUAUUGUUGAAGUUGGGUGACAAGGAGGUGGAAUAUAGUCCAGAAUUCCGUUUCUAUAUCACCACCAAACUGUCCAAUCCUCACUACACGCCAGAGAUUUCUACAAAAACCACCAUUGUCAACUUUGCUGUCAAGGAGCAGGGUCUGGAAGCCCAACUCCUUGGUAUCGUGGUGCGUAAGGAACGUCCAGACCUGGAAGAGCAAAAGGACAAUCUAGUGAUGAGCAUUGCUUCAGGAAAGAGGAGCCUACAGGAGUUGGAAGAUGAGAUCCUCAGACUGCUGAAUGAGGCGAGUGGCUCUCUGCUGGAUGACGUGCAGCUGGUGAACACCUUGCAGACGUCCAAAGUGACAGCCUCGGAGGUUUCAGAGCAGCUGGAGACCAGCGAAGUGACUGAAAUCAAGAUUGACACCGCUCGAGAGGCUUAUCGUGCAUGUGCUCAGCGGGCCUCCAUCCUCUUCUUCAUUCUCAACGACAUGGGUCGCAUUGAUCCCAUGUACCAGUUCUCACUGGAUGCCUACAUCAAUCUGUUCAACCUCAGCAUUGAGAAGAGCAAGAGCAGUCUAAAGCUGGAGGAAAGGAUUAUCAACCUCAACGACUUCCAUACAUAUGCGGUGUACAAGUAUGCAUGCCGGGGUCUGUUUGAGAUGCACAAGCUCCUCUUCAGCUUCCAGAUGUGCGCCAAAAUCCUUGAGGUUUCUGGCACUCUCAACAUGGCCGAGUACAGUUUCUUCCUCCGUGGUGGAAUUGUUCUUGAUAAGAGGGAUCAAAUGGAGAACCCGUGCAGUAAUUGGCUUGUGGAUUCCACCUGGGACAACAUCACAGAACUGGACAAGCUGCCCAACUUCCAUGGCAUCAUGCCCUCGUUUGAGAAACAACCCCGGGACUGGAAGCUUUGGUUCACCAGUGCAGAGCCAGAGAAAGCUCCACUACCAGGAGACUGGGAGAACAACUGCAAUGAGCUCCAGAGGAUGCUCAUAGUCCGUUCUCUGCGGCCAGACCGCGUCUUAUUCUGCGCCACCACCUUCAUCGUCAACAACCUGGGGCCUCGCUUUGUGGAGCCACCCGUUCUCGACAUGAAGGCUGUCGUAGACGAAUCCACGUGCAGGAGUCCUCUGGUCUUUGUCUUGUCUCCUGGGGUGGACCCCACAGGAGCACUGCUGCAGCUGGCCGAGACAUCGGGUAUGAGUAGACUCUUCCACGCGCUCUCCCUGGGUCAGGGCCAGGCUCCCAUUGCCAAGAGAAUGAUCCAAGAGGGUGUACAGAAAGGUCACUGGGUCUUUCUUGCCAAUUGUCACCUCUCACUCUCCUGGAUGCCUGAGCUGGACAAGCUGGUGGAGCAGUUGGAGGUGGAAAAGCCCCACACAGACUUCCGACUGUGGCUGAGCUCUUCGCCACAUCCCGAUUUUCCCAUCAACAUCCUGCAGGCGGGCAUCAAGAUGACUACAGAGCCUCCAAAGGGAGUGAAAGCCAACAUGAAGCGUCUCUACCACCUGGUGACCGAGGCUCAGUUCACCCGCUGCUCCAAACCGGUCUUCUACAGGAAGCUGCUCUUCUCCCUUUGCUUUUUUCACAGCAUCCUGCUGGAAAGGAAGAAGUUCCUGCAGCUUGGCUGGAACAUUAUCUAUGGAUUCAACAAUUCAGACUUUGAGGUAAGCGAGAAUCUGCUCAGUCUGUACCUCAACGAGUAUGACAACAUACCUUGGGAUGCCCUCAAAUACCUCAUUGCGGAGGUGAACUAUGGCGGUCAUGUGACUGAUGACUGGGACAGACGACUUCUCACCACAUACAUCAACGACUACUUUUGCGAGGCAGCUGUCACCGAGCAUAAUUUUAAGUUGUCAACUUUAUCCUCCUAUUACAUCCCCCACGAUGGACCCCUGUCCUCCUACAAGGACUUCAUCAACAUGCUGCCAGCCACAGAGCACCCUGACUUGUUUGGCCAGCACCCCAACGCUGACAUCGCCAGCCAGAUCGCAGAAACCAGAUCCCUGUUUGACACACUUCUGUCCCUACAACCCCAAGUGACCAGCGCCAGCACAGCGGGUUCUGGACCAAGUCGUGAGGACAAGGUGCUGGAUCUGUUAGCAGACGUGCGGCAGACGAUCCCGGCUUUGAUUGACUACGAGGGCACCAGCGCGCUUUUUCUGGAUCCUACUCCGCUGGAUGUGGUCCUGCUGCAAGAGAUCCAGAGAUACAACUCCCUGCUGGAAACUAUCAUAUCGUCCUUAGUGGAGCUGGAGAAGGGAAUCAAAGGCUUGGUGGUAAUGUCGUCGAGCUUGGAGGAGACCUUCAACUGCAUGUACGACGCCCGGGUUCCACCAUUGUGGGAGAAGGCGUACCCCUCGCUCAAGCCCUUGGCGGCGUGGACCCGUGACCUCUGCCAGCGAGUCCUUCAGUUUGCACGCUGGGCUGAUCAGGCACAGCCCCCCAACCUGUUCUGGCUGUCAGGCUUCACCUUCCCCAAUGGAUUCCUCACCGCUGUGCUGCAGUCAUCUGCUCGGCAACACAAGGUAUCAGUUGACACACUAUCCUGGGACUUUACAGUGUCCAGUGUAGAUGACAGCCACAUCCAGAACCCACCCAAGGAUGGAGUGUACGUGCGAGGUUUGCACCUGGAGGGGGCCGCCUGGGACAAGAAGGGCUUGUGCCUGGUGGAGGCCGAGCCCAUGCAGAUGGUGUGUCCCAUUCCAGCUAUCAACUUCAAGCCAGUGGAAAACCGCAAGAAGAUGGCCAAGAACAUUUACCUGUGUCCUUGCUACUACUUUCCCGUGCGAUCGGGUGGGGCAGGCAGAGCCUCGUUUGUGAUCGCCGUGGAGCUGAAAUCCGGAGCCGUGAACCCGGAUCACUGGAUCAAGAGGGGAGCAGCUCUCCUCAUGAGCCUGGACAGCUAACAUACUCCCAUGGCGGCGUUCUACAUGUUUUUAUUUUUAUUUAUUCCCUCACAAACUCAAACCACAGCAUGCAGCAAUCGUGCAAAUUCCUGUGCAAACUGGGAGAACAGAAAAAAGGACAGAAGCAGAAGGAGUGAACCUAUUCAAGCAAAUGAAUUUUAAUGAAGCCUUGCAGAAAAGACGCAAUCUCUCAAACCCUGGACUUCCCUGUUAGCCAGGGAGAGAGAAAAGAAAACAAGUGAGUUGGGAGGAAGAAUGAUCUCGUAAUGAGAAUGUGGGGGAAAGAGGAGGGGAGUUCAAGGUCGUAUUCAGACUUAAGGAUUGCCCCCUGAAAAGCCCACCAGACUUCCUCUGGCUUUAAGAGGCUCUUUAUCGGAGCUGGCUCAUUCUGUGUGGAGACACUGGUGGUCUCCUUGUUGGUGGGUGGGAGAUGGAAGUGGAGCGGAAUUCACAUUAAAAUAAGCUUGUCCUUCAGGCUGCCUUGUAACAUAAACAUAUGGCUUGAAAGAAGAUGAAGAGGAGAGAAGAUGCUGUGGGAAUUAUUUUGCUAGAGUUUGUUGUGAGCUGGGAAUGGAAAAAGGAAUAUUCCAACACAGGAAUGCACGUUGCUUUCAUUGAGAAGGAAAAUUUUGCUCAUGGCGAUAAGUAGUGGGGGGGCCAGCCCCAUUCUUCUACACCAAAGCCAUCCAAGCAUGGACCGUCCUCAAAGUUGGAAGUGUUCACAGUGCUAAACAAGACAAAAAUGAAGACUUGGCCCAAAAAACAUUUUCCACGACAAAAAAGGUACCAGAAAAAAAUUACAAAUAAAUAGUAACUGCAAAAAGUUACCAGAAAAAAACAAAACCAGUACAAUAUUUCCAAAAAAUACAGAUAAAGUAUAUUGAAGAAAAUUUACAAAUAAAAAGGUACCAGAAAAAAUGUACAAAUAAAUAGUUACCAGGAAUUAAUGGCCAAAAAACAUUUUCCACGAUAAAAAAGGUACCAGAAAAAAUAUACAAAUAAAUAGUUACUAGAAAAACAAUAACAAAAAAAACUUUCCAAGACAAUAAAAAUUUAGCAGAAAAAAAGACCAAAAAGUUACCAAAAAAAACAAAACCAGAAAAAUAUUUCCAAAAAAAUACAGAUAAAAUAUAUUGAAGAAAAUUUACAAAUAAAAAGGUCCCAGACAAAAAUGUACAAAUAAAUAGUUACCACAAAUAAAUGGCCAAAAAAACAUUUUCCACGACAAAAAAAGGUACCAGAAAUUUUUUUACAAAUAAAUAGUUACCAGAAAAAAGCAACAAAAAGUUUGACAUAAUGAGGCAACCAGCACAAAAAAAACGUUGGUCAAGUCUGGUGAGACUUUUGCCCAACUAGUGUACUGUAUAUUACUAGUCUGGUACAAUGUUCCAGAACAAACUGGACUGCCUAUAUGACAUGUAUACUGUCCGAUGAAACCCACAUGUCUAAAUCAGCAUGUCUUCAAGGUUACAUACGCUUUUAGGAGGUUUUUUUUGUGGUGGAAUUUUUACCAGCUAAUAUACAACCUAGGGAAAAGUCAAAAAGGUUCCUUUUGCAUCGUAAAGGGGCAAGUAGUAUUUUGACUCCAAUCAUAGGGCAGACCUCUUUCAUAGAAAUGAGCUUCAAAAUGAAAUUUUCAAGUAACAAAUCUCAAAGCUUACAGAAAACAGUUCAAACGUUCUGUGUGAAAGGCUGGACUUUGUUUAGUUUUCAUGUGAAUUCCAUGUUUACAGCUCUUAUUUUGGCAGUUUAUUUUCUUGUUUGGGACUUUGGCGGUGCCUUUGCUUUGGUUUGUGGAUGCUAUGCACGCACAUGGUGCUCAUGUGUAAUCGCUACUGUUUUAGUGUAGUCGCUUUUGCUAGUUGCUGGUUAAUUGUUGGUUGGUUGGUGCUUGACUUUCAACUUGUUUUUUCAUGGACUUUUGACUGUUUUCUGGUGAGCAUUAGUUUGAAUGCCAGUAUUUAUUUUCUCUUGUUUUGGCCGUGUUUGCGUUUUUUUUUCUUCAUCACCUUCCACAAUGAUCCCAUGUUUCCCAAAAUGGGCUCCUUAGCCAGUUCCUGUAUUUUUGUAUUUUUGUAUUUUUGACUCAUAUGCUUGUGAGUCAGCCUUGAUUUUUUCCUUUAUAAAAGACUCUUUUCACUGCAAAAUGUCCUGGAAUCCUGGGGCAGCACAACAUGCUCCAAGAGCAAAACAUAACAGAAUAAUGAAAGUUACCACUCGAGUAUGACUUGGUUGUUUUUGGAAUGGUUGGCUUGGUACGAGUAGCAUAAGCCCAAGAAUGUGGUGUCCAUGAUGUGGGGCCCUGAUUGUUCUGCUUACCAGCACCACAGAUUGAGCAGCAUGCUCGAUACCAGCAAAUGGUUCAACUGACUGCAGCUUAUGUUCUGCACCAGUCCACCUUGCGCUGCAGCUUGAUGCUAGCCGGAGACCUGAAUUCACCUUAAGUGAAUUGCCGCAAAGUAUGAUUCAGUAUUAAUGAGUGUAAUAAUUUCAUACUUAGAGCACAGAAAACCUGUUUUACGUUCUAGAAAAUGUUUUUUAACAUUAUAUCAGAGCCCCGGUGGAUAUGAAAUAACACCCCUGUAGUCACCUUUACACUCCUUUGUUUACACCGCUUUGCUCUGGUUACGGGAUCACUGCAAGAACAUAGCAUAGCAAUAGUUAGCCUCUUCGUUGUACUGAUUCGGGACUUAAAAUGUUUCAAACUGAGUUGAGAAAAAGGACAAAGUAAGGAGACAAAAAUAUACCACUUCCACACUGAACGCGAGGAGUUUUUUUUCACUUAUUUCAGACAUGCUGUGGCUGACUACGUAACAUUACAUUAUAUUUUGCUUUAUUUCUCUAUUUUUCAAUUUUUUGUGUUAGUUUUACUGAAUUAUUUCUACAAUGUGAUGUGGGCCAAUAAGAAAACAAGCCACACUUUGGAUAUCUCUUAUGUAAACCGUUUGGGUAUACUGUGUUACUUUUGAAAAAAAAUCCAAACAAUGUAUUCAAUGGGGUAGUUUUUGCAGUGUAUUUGCUUCAUUUGACUACAACAGUUACCUCUUUUAGGGAAACAUUAGCACUCUGCUAUGUCCUCUCCAACUUUUCAUUCCUGGAGUUACUCUUAAUUUGACGUCCACUUCUGCAUAACGACAGUUGGGCUGUUUUUUUUUGUUUUUUUUGCAGUAUGUGACUAUGGAGGCGGGGCACUCAAUGUCCAAGACUCUUUCACCGAAAAUAAACCUGCAUGUGAAGGGAAGAAAGAAAGGAUAGGAAGGGAGGGACGAGGAGGAAAGGAAAGGAAAGCAAAGGGCCCUUCAGCGGGCACACACACACGGGAAAAGAGCCUCUGCGUGUCAUCGGAAUUAAAACUGCGCAGUUUCUUCUGCGGAGUGCCUGCGUGGACCUUUUUUCCUGUAUGGAAUGUGUUGUGGAGCGGAUCGGAUCGGAUCAGAGGGUUCCGGUAGUCCCUUCAGUCUCGGAUCCUCAAUGUAUCAGGCGAUUUUUCCACCAGAUGGUGUCUCGUAACGGAGGAGGAGGAGAAGUGAUCAUGCCUUGCCCAUGGGCCAACACCUCCACUGCUUGUCUUCGCAUGUUUGCACCUCAAGGCGUCAUGGAUGUGCAGUGGGAGUGAUGGGUCUUUUUUUUUUUAGGGAAAUGUAUUCGUUUUUGCGUCAGAGGAGAGCAGAUGCAGCUUUUCCCAUUAAAAACGACGAGGAGGAUCCAUUGGCAGAUGUUUUAUGGAAGGUGAUGCGAAGGAAGAGGAUUUGAAUUUUCUUUCCUCUGGGUGAAGUCUUGUCUCCACCCCUCUUCCGCCUGCACUUCAUCACCAGCACCGCGAGAGGGCACACCGGCACCACAUUGGUGACAAGGAGGUGAGGGAUGCUCCACAAGAGGAAGGCGCGAAGGAGGAGGAAGAAGUGGAGGAGUGUUAGCCUCGCCGACUGGAGCCACCGGAGGCGGAACGUAUGAUGGUGGCCUGGUGAAAUAGCACCCAUGAUCACACGUGUCCACGAGACCCCCGAGAGAUGACAGGCAGCCCAAGCUGAGGCGCGACGUGACUGUCAAUCAAUAAAGUCGGCGCUGCUCUGGAAGGCUGGAUGCAUCACGCAGUAGAGCAGUUUGGCGGCCGUGGCACACGGGAUUCCUUCCCUCUGGAUGGAAUCAACCGGGGACCAUGGACUCCCGUGGGCAGCCGCGCCUGGCAGCCACCUGGCAGGUGUUUGCCUGGAAUGAACCAAC